GCCGCCGCCGCCUCCUCGCCCACAAAUCUAGAGCUGCAUCGCGCGUCCACAGCUCCCCCCCUCGUGAGCCCACGAGAACCACAUUCUCACCCCUACCUCUGCUCCACAUGCUUCCUAGAUCGCCUAUUCGUGCCAUCCAUUAGCGAAGAUCUACAGUCUUGCUUCACGCCGCUUCUCUGAGUACCGAAUUGUGGCUUGUUGUCGGAGUGCCUUUUCUGACUUACACAUCUUGGGUAGAGAUAGCCGAAGCAACCACCCGCACCUUGGCGACAUAAGUCUUGACACUCUAGCAUCCAAGAUAAUCUCUGGCGACUUAAUUUGGUGGCGCGGAAGAGGGAUAGAGAAAAGGCUAUAUAUAUGGAGCAAUUGGGAUGAUCUUUAGUAUGACGAUGAUUGCUCUACAAGAUCUGACUGUCUCAACAGAUGCUUGUGCAAUAUUUCUACGGUUAGAUUGUCUCAUUGGGCUAUAGUAUGCUUAUUAUGGAUUCUGAGGAAGCUGGUUCAAAGAAGGAAAGAAAUGAGGAAUAUUCCAUAAACCGUCUCCCGAGAGAGCUCAUCGAGCGGAUAUUUUUUCGGCUUCCGGUGAGCACUUUAUUGGUGUGUAUUGGUGUUUGUACGUGCUGGAAAAACUUGAUCCGGGAUCCCAAUUUUGUCACAUCACACCUGAAGCAUGCAUCCCAUUAUUCCCUCAUAUUCUUCCAACAAGAUUAUGUUGCAGGAAAACAUUACCCGAGUGAUGCUAUUCUAAUUGAUAAAGCUUGGUCACAAUCAACAUAUGCAGUGCCAACCAUUGACCCUGAUGAUUUACUCUGUGGUUCAUGUAAUGGGAUUAUUUGCUUAUAGACCAAGACAUCGACAAUCAAGAUAGCUAACCUUGCAACUGGCGAAUGUUUGCAUCUUGAGAAACCUAUAAAGAAUUUCAGUGGCGACCAAUUCUUGUUCUAUAGUUUUGGGUUUCACCCAUUGACAAGAGAAUACAAAAUUACACACUUGGGUGACUAUGUUGAGGGCCACCCCAAGAAUGGAGACAAAUUCACCAUCAUUCAAGUUUACAGGCUUGGUGAUGAGAAAUGGAAAGACAUCAGAACCCCAGAAGCCUUAAGCUUGAGUUGCGUCAAAAACUCUGGACUAAUCAAUGUUGGUGGAACAAUGUACUGGUUAACUAAUGAUAUGGCAACUAACUGGAAGCAUGUUGUUAUGUGCUUUGAUCUCGGUGAAGAAGCUUUUGCACGGAUAGAACUGCCAACAUCAGUACUUGAAAAUAGUGUUUAUGGUGGUCCCCGUAGGUACUGGAUCAGAGAGAUAGAGGGGAAAAUAUGUAUAGCAACUGCUCAAACCUGGCACAAAGUUAUUUAUGGUAAGCUGCAGAUCUGGACACUAGACAACAAGGUCGAGCAAAGUUGGAGCCAGAAGUACAAUAUUCUUACAGCAGGUUACAUCGCGGGUCCAAAUUUAUCUUAUGGGGAUAAGUUAUUGAUGCAAAGAAAUGAUAGUAGGCUAUUUUCUCAUGAUUUGCAUGGGAAUGAAGGGAAUAUCGAGCCUAUGAUAUUAAACAUGAUGAGGUUUUCAGGCUUUAGCCUAGUUUUAGAUUUUAGCCCUCGCAAGCCAGACAAUAUGCAAUCCUACAUAUAUGUGGAGUCACUUGUACGCUUAGAUGUGUACAAAAAAGGCGGCAUUGUGCGUAAGCCAAAAAAGAGGGAAGUUUGGAAAUUUAAGAAGUGGAAGCCUUGCGAGGACGAGCUCUCUCAGCUAGAAGAGAUGUGGAGCCACAUUCAUCAAAAAGAGCAUGACAUAACUGUCUUUUCACAACGAUCUGGCAUACAACUCAAACAUCGUCUGCAAGGUAUAUCAAAUGACGUGAUUCGACAACAAAUAGGCCUGCAAAUUGAUCAAAUCGUUCCAGUCUUUCCAAAUAAGUAUCCAAGAUCCUCCCAACGACUUAAUUUGGUGGGGGAAAAGCGGGACAGAGAAAAGUUACUUGCUCGUAUGAGGAAGUAUGGAGAUAUUUGCAAGGCUAUGAAUAAGGAAAUUGGGUGGAUCGCUCGUAUGACGGAGAUUGCUACACAAUAUAAGGUGGGUCCUUCGAGUUCAAAUGAUGCUAUUUCAUCCCAGAAUCACAGUGACGACAAGGAUACAGUUGAGUCUUGAGAGCAUAUCAUGACAGUCUUUUUAGCUUGAUGAGAUAGUUGUUCAGCUUGAAACUCUUGCUACUUUACCCUAAUUUAUCUCUUUCACAUGUAAAACAAACAUUUCCGCAUUACCUUCUGUGUUAUGUUUCUUUCUUUAAAAUUUAUGUUAUUUAUCACA